AUGAAAACCACAAAAGCCAAGCUCACAUCGAAAGCAAGUGCUAGUAGAAAAAUAUCAGAAGCCCGUCCAACAACAAGUCCCGCAGUGCAAAAGGCCAAAAAAGUGGCAAAGAAGCAUGUGAGGCCAGGAACGCCAGGCAAGGGAUCGAGGGUCAGGAGGGCCCUAUUUGCCAUUCGGGAGAAUGAGAUAUCAAUCAGGCAGGCAGCUCGUGAUAACGAGUUGUCAUUUGAGUAUUUAUAUAGGAGGCUGUCGAGAGAAGUAGAGAUUGAUCGAAAAAAGGGUCCACCACAAGUGUUUACUAGAGAAGAAGAAGCGAUGGCAAGAUGGCUGCGUGAGAUGGCAGAAAGAGGAAUGGGGUUAAGGCCGGGAAAAUUCUUGGACUUUGUCCAGAUUAUUGUUGAACGUGAGAAUAGGUCUACUCCGUUCAAGAAUAACAGGCCCAGCCAUGAUUGGUAUUAUGCCUUUAUGAAGAGAAACUGCAAGAUAGUGGAAAUGCGCAAAGAAACACUCUUGGAAAAUUGCAGAGCAAAAUUAACAAAAAAUGCAACUGAUAAGUGGUUUGGCGGUUUUAGAGACUUCCUUGCUAGAGCAGACGUCUUAGACAAACCCAGCAGAAUUUGGAAUGCAGACGAAACUGGGUUUUGUAUGGGAAGUUCUGCCAGCAAGCAGAAAAUAAUCGGACCUCCGAGGAAAGAGAAUGCCCACCAGGUGCCUCAUGUAUCUGGCGGCAAUAGCAAGCAGCGGCUGACUGUGAUGUUCUGUGGGUCUGCAGAUGGAAGAAUGAUGCCCCCUUUCUUGGUGUAUCCUUCACCUCAGCCACGUGGAUACAAUCCACUAACUGGAGCAAUUGAAGAUUCCGAAAUUGCCUACACCAAGAAAGGGUGGAUGGAUGCAGAUACGUUCUGCAAAUUUAUUCAACAUUUUGAUAAACAUGCCGGCACGGAUAGACCAGUUGUACUGUUAAUAGACAGCGUAAGCAGCCAUGUACACAUGGCCGCUUUUGAAGAUGCAAAAGCAAGGGGGAUUGAAAUUUAUCGGAUUGUCCCGAACGCCACCCAUUUGAUGCAGCCCCUAGAUAAAGGUGUGUUCGGUCCAUUGAAGGCAAAGUGGCACCAGGUUGUAAGACACAAUACAAGAGACCACCCAGACAUUCCAAUAGGAAAGGUAAACUUUGCAGAAAAACUAAAAGAAGCCUUUCUAUUAUUCUAUAAGCCCUUAACCAUCAUAAAUAGCUUUAAAGCACCCGGUAUAUAUCCUGUCGACAGCACCGUGAUAUCAUCAACCCGGCUAAAACCAACAAUCACGUAUAAGGAUGCAGUGGAGCCAUCAACAAGCAGCACACCACAUGACAACACUUGUGAUGAGCUUCGGAAGGCAUCAGGGGCAUUGGUGGCACUAGAGAGUGUUUUAUCAACUCUGACCAGGGAGACGUAUCACAGACGCAUCCAGGAAGGAUACGACAUAGAAGGGAAAUCUCCCUGCUUUGAUGCGUACAGACUACUGUACAUGAAAGCGAACGGCAGAGACACGGCCAUCACAGCACCCCAGAAACCGAACAGUCUGCUUACAAUUCUGACAACAUAUCACCAUCCGUGCGAGAAGCACUUGUGUUCCCCCGUGCUCACGAAUCAAGGCCAAAGCGGAUUACAGUGCUGA